AUGGAACGUUGUUCUUAUGGUUUUUACACCAAAAGGUCAGAAAUUUUAGAUAAUAUACAAAAAAAGAAAGAACAAGAUAAAGAUCAACCACAAAGUCCUAGCUUUCAGCAGCAAUUGGUUAAACCAGUUGAUAAACAACAUAAUACAGAUCAUCAAAAUGCUAAUGUAUCCGUGACACAGCAUGUUCCAACACAGCUUCUUUCGCCAACACAUGGCUCUAGUUCACCAGUCCAAUCGAAAGAGGACACAAAAGACAAAACUAUAAAAGUUGCUAAUUCCACAACUAUAACAUUGAUAGAAAACAGUAACAUCAACGGAGAGAAAGAUAAAGACAACAAUUAUCCCAAAAAUUAUUUUACCUUGGAACCUAAAAAUGAUAAGAAAGAUGAUUGUAAUAAAAACAGUAUCACUAUAACUAGAACUAUACCAAAACAGUCUCCAGGAGGUCAAGCUGAUAAAUCUAAGGCACAAUCAAAGCCUACUAAGAGACCUCUUCAAUAUUUAGAAACCCUUGCAGAAAAAGCGGGGAUUACAUUUGAGGACAAAUACGAAGCUGCCAAUACACUUCUUGCAUUGGACAAACAAAAUAAUACUUUUCGCAGAUCUGACCUUAAACAACCUAAGUCAGAACCUGAAAAUCAAUCACAAAGUGAAGAAUUUAGAUACAGAAAUCAAAAAGAAGAGGAUGAUAAAUUACAAAUACAACAGCAGAUAAUACAACAGCAACAACAACAGCAAUUCCAACACUUGCAACAACAGCAGCAGCAACAGCAACAGUUACAACAAUUACAGCAGCAGCAACAGCAGCUGCAACAAAUACAACAACAAGCUUUACAACGUCAGCAUCAGGCUAUACAGCAACACUUUAAAAAUCAACAGGAUCAACAAGAAUUGUUACAGAAGCAAUUCCAACAACAGCAUCAACAGCAACAGUCGCAACAGCAACAGCAAUCUCAGCCGCAACAACAGCAGCAACAGCCUAAGACUGAGAUCCAACAAAUUUCACAGCAGCAAGAAUUGCAACAGCAGAAGUUUUUGCAGGUUGUAAACAAUCAACCGGUGCACACACAGCAGUUCAACGUUCCUGGUAUUGGGGAAAUCAACCUUAGUUUCCUUGCAUCUCCUCAAAAUAACGUCAACCUACUAUUUGACAAGAAUCAGAAGACCGGCAUGAGUGGAGAGAUCAAACAACAGCAAAUAGUUGAUGGUCAAUCGCAAGUGGUCCAGCAACAGAUCAGCAUGUCUCAGCAUGAACCAUCACAACAACACCACCAGACUGUCACCGUAGUGUCCUCCAUGCCGAGCAGUAUGGCGCAACAUCAAGUACAGCAGCAAGCGACAGGUGGCAUACAACAGCAAGCCACUAUGCCGCCUCUGCAAAGCCUUCCACCCAAUACACAGCAUCCACAACAGAUAAGUGCGGAAUGGGGCCACAGUCGUGUACAAGUGAUUCAGCAACCAUUGCAGAACAGCACCUAUUUACAGCAACUGUACAAUGCCCAGGGGCCAUUGCUUAUGCCUGGCAACAUUGCUCUUCAUCCCGGGAUCAACUCUCAACAAAUACAGGUGAUAGCAGCCGGGAAACCGUUCCAGGGCAACCAACUGGCACCGCACAUGCUCACCACACAAGGAAAACAAGUUCUACAAGGCCAAGCCGCACCGUUCCCUGGAUACACUACGAUACCAACUAUCCCUACAACACAAAACCAGACGUUCGUAUUUAGUCCCCUGGGAGUGAUAAAUUCUCAGCCGAGCAUACUUCCGGCGCACUCUCAACCGACUGUAUCCGGCAUUGGGCAGCAGAAAUCGGCGGAAAUGCAUAAGGUGAUGAGUGGCGGUAAAGUGACCACUAAAGUGGGCGGCGGCAACGCGCAGACCGUGCCAGUGCAGGCGCAGUGCGUGCAAGUGUCGCAGCCGGUGCUGGGCCAGCAACCGCAGGCGCAAAUCAUUAGCCCAUUGCAGACUGGCAGUCAAACUAUGCAGUUCGCUCCGUGGCAGAUUUCCGGGGCCCUCCCGCACAUGUGGACGGGAGGCCUCCAGGCGGGGACUCUCCCCGCGGGGGGUUUGUUAGCCCCUAACCCCAUAUUCAUAAGGGGUGGACAACCCGACGCAUCAACCUCCAUGUUCAUACAGCACUCCCCUCAAAACAACGUGCAACACAACAAUGCAACGGUGGCGUGUGCGACAACGUCGAACAAGCCGCGGGCGUCGUCCGACGGCCUUACAAAGACACCGCGUCCGCUCUCGAACAUACUGCCGUCCGGCAUCCGCCCGGCCUCGUCCGUCUCCACGCAGACUAAUGCCAAUCAGGCUCAGAAUCAGGCAAAGCAGCGAGGUAAGCCCGGGGUGAGAUCGCCGGCGCCCACGUCUAAGCAAGACGCCGCCAAUCAGACCAACAAAAUGCAACACCAAAUACAACAACCGAAACAACAACUGCUGGUGAUGAACUCUAGCGGUCAAAUGACACAGAUCACGAGUGUUGCGGACAAACAGCCGCUCACUAAGAACAUACAGCAGCAGGCCAUAUUGCAACAACAAGCCAUACAGCAGCAACAGCAUCAACAACAGCAACUCAUCCAUCAACAGCAGACUCAGCAAAUGGUUCAGCAUUAUCAACAACAAGGUAUGACAUUGGGUAUGCAACAAAGUACAUUACCAGUGGGUUCUGUGGCGCAAACAUUGCCUAUGACUGGAAUGCCGCAAACUAUAUCCAUGGUUCAGCAAAUACACCCGCUCGGUGGAAUGGCCCAAGCUAGUACAUUAGUGGGGCAAAUAAGUGGUGGCCAACCCCAAACUACACUAACACAAGUACAGACGAUACAACAACCACAGACUUUUGUUGGUAGUGGGUUAGUACAGACGUCAGUAGGAAUGGCCGUCCAACAACAGGCUCUUAACCAUUCCGCUCAAAUGCAAACGGUGUCGGCGAAUAACCUUAGCUCAUCGCAAUUAACCCUACAACAGGGGACAGUUGGGCUAAUUACCGCACCGGUACAAGGGUCCAUAUUACCGCUUCAACCCCAAACUAGCACACUCGUAGCGCACGUCAAAAGCGAGGACGAUAAAGGCCAACAAAUACAAGCAACGACGGUGGUCCAACAAAUAACGACUCAAGGGGAGAGUGCAGAAGGCAUAGAAGCGACCGCGGUAACGCCGUCCGUCUCACUCCCCGCUAGCUCUAAUGUGACCGAUGCCGCCGUAUCUACAACCACAUCUACUGGUCCAAACACACCGACAGAGACGACAAAGACGAGUCCAUCAAAAGUGGAGUCGUCAGUGAGCAGCGAGUCGUCGCCGUCGGCCAGCGCGCCGACCACGCCGACCAGCGCCGCGCCGACCAGUAGCGCGCAACAGACCGCCUCUGCUGCGCCACAGGUGGUGACGACGGUAGCAUGUUCCAGUUCCACGUCAACCAUCACCACAUCUAUAGGCGCGCCUGUCUCGUCGGGAACCUCCACAGCGUUAUUUAAAACGUCACAAAGUACAAGCAGACAUAUGAACCAACAAGCUGUACAUGAUAAAGGUUUACCGAAAGCAAUGGUGAAACCCAAUAUCUUGACCCACGUCAUAGAAGGUUACGUCAUACAAGAAGCCGGAGAACCAUUUGCAGUAAAUAGACCACUUCGAGAAUGGGCAUCGGCUGACAAAGAACAAGAUAAAGAAAAUAAGCUUCCCUCAGCUGAUGAGCCUCCUCGCAAAAAGCAGAUGCUGGACAACGGUGCGAGCCUGCCGCGUAUAAGCUCGAGCAACGAGUCGGAGGGCGCGCCGGCGAGCAAGCCGGAGCCGAUGGCGGUCGACCCCGAGCCGGCCGCGGACGACGCGCAGCCAAAAAUACCCAACGCUAAUAAAUGGACCGUGAGUGAAGUCUGCGACUUCAUCCGUAGCAUACCCGGAUGCGCGGGAUAUGCGGAUGAGUUCCUCAUGCAGGAGGUUGAUGGCGAGGCCCUGCUCCUCAUCAAACCGGAGCACUUGAACAAACGGUCGCUGACCAUGACUGAGAUU